CAGCAACAUUUCCUGGUACAGGUUUAAGCUGAGACUGGUGUCACUUCGACACCACAUACUGAAAAAUGGCUUGUCCUGUCAACAAUGCAGCUGUGUUGAAUCCUGCCAUCCUGCCUCUAGACUGGCUCAUUGGCACUUGGAAGUCUGAUGAGCCGGGGGAGGGCUGUUUUCCGUCCAUCGAACCUUUCCGCUAUACAGAGGAGCUGCUCUUCAGUCAUGUUGGACAACCAGUUAUCAACUUUGCGUUCAAUGCCUUCCACGCGGAGUCGAAGAAGCCUCUACACAGAGAGUGUGGAUUCAUCAGAAUGCAGCCAGGAACCAACAGAGUGGCCUUCAUCAUCGCACAAAACUCAGGUUUGGUGGAGAUUGAGGAAGGGGAGUUGACUGGCCAGCAGCUAUGCCUGCAAAGUUGUGCGGUGGCAAGGACAUCUUUUGCCAGGGAGCCACACGUGCAGCAGAUCUCCAGAGUGCUUCAGCUCAGACCAGACGGGAGACUGGAACAGACCGUUUCCAUGUCAACAGACAACCAGCCACUGAUGCAGCACUUGCACAUCACAUACUGUCGCAGCACUUGACUUUCACUGCGUCUUCAUGGAGCAGAAUUCUGAGGAUACAUUACUGAAACUUAGCUUGGGUUGUUCUAUUAUUAUGGGCUUAUGAACCAGCUGUUGCUCAUUUAAGUUUAAUUCAUUUUGCAUAACACAAUCAUUUAACACGGUUAUCAUAAAUAAUUAUUUGCGUUUCUACACCGUCCUUUUCCAUUGUCAACUGACAUUUACAAGUUGGUUUGUCAAAGCUGCUUAUGUUUUUUUUUUAUGUGGGUUACACUGAAUUAUAUAAAAAUGGUUUGGAAUAAAUUUGACAUUAUUUCCUU